AUGGCUUCCUCUGAACAGAACUUUUCGGGUGCGCUGUCGACUUGGAAAGGCAUCAACUUGUCUGAACUUCAGACAACACUGGAUGUUCAGGGCAUUGAGCUUGUUGAGAAUCAGAAAGAAAGCGUAGUUGGUCGUAAGGCUCUUGCAGAUCGCACUAAAGAGUUCAAAAAGAUACCGGAUGAAGACAAGCUAGCUGCUUUCAAAGGCUUGCUAAAAGCAUAUCAAACAGAGAUAGAUAAUCUCACUAAACGAUCCAAGUCUGCGGAAAAUGCGUUCCUCAACGUAUAUAAAGUCCUCGCCGAAGCACCUGACCCUUACCCUCUCCUUGAAGCUGCUAUUGACCAGACAGUCAAGGCUGCUGAGGCGCGCGAACUUGAAGUAGAACUGCAACGGAUACGCGAUGAGAACGCUGAAUUGCGAAAGCGCCUGAAUGAAGCUAGUGCCUUGGAAGCUGCCAAGAAGAAGACAGAUACGCGCAUAGAGCAACUUGAGCAGAAGAUGGAAGAGAUGAUCCAGGAGAGGGUCAUACAGAAAGAGAACGAGCUCAAUGCCACAUAUGAUGAGAAAAUACGCAAUUAUGAGGAACGUGAGCAGGAUCUUCAGCGCCAAAUUGCCCUCACAAGAAGUCAGCUUAGGGACUUGCGUAUGUCGAAUGAAACUAAUCAAGCAAAAUUGUUCGACCAUACCCAACGUCAAGACCAAGAAGUUGUAGCGAAAUUAGCUGAGCUGGAUAUGAUGGCCGCUGACCUCGAACAAGCCAACAGCCGAGUCGCAACCGUAGAGCGACGAAACGAGCUCCUGCGUGCAGAAAUUGAAGCAAUUAAAAGCGGGAAGGGGCACUCCGACCGCGUACAAGAUCUUGAGAACAAAAUUACAGAACUUGAAGCCGAGAUCGAUCAGCUCUCUCAGGCACUCGAAGCUCAGAAGUCGAUGUAUAUCGAUUCACAAGCUAUGGCUGUCAAGAACAUUGAGGAAAUUGCGAAGGAGUCACAGACCAAGUCGGGCGAGAUCGAGCAGUUGAAGCAGAAGCUGAAAAACUACAGUGAUUACGACGAGAUUAAGCGAGAGCUUGAAAUUAUGAAGUAUGUAGAGUUUGCUGGGCUAGAGGAUGAGGAUCAGGACGAUGCAUAUGUCAAUGGCAAAAGUGACGCACUCGGCUUGCAACUUCCAGACCCAAAUGCGGAGAAAGCAAAUGCUCAGCAAGGACGAUCUCUUGAGGUUCUGUUGGCUACAAAGAACAAGCGAAUUCUAGAGGAGUUGACCAAAUUUAGGAUUUUACAUGGAGAGCUGGAAGUAUCCCUACAAGCAGCCCGAGUGGAGCUUGCAGUCACCGAGUCUGAGUUGGACAAACAACGCGCGCUCAAUGAGAAGCUCGAGAAUGACCUCCUGCAACUUGAUCAACGCAAAACCAACGGAGACUUCAGUCAUACUUCUGAUUCUCUCGACCUGUUGGCCUCAGGUUCUGCGGAUGCGCUGGCAGGUCUUGAGCUUGGGAAGAGAACCAACGACUCUUCGGCGAGAACUACGCCAAUACCCUUUGUCCCUUCGGCAGACACGUCCAUUUUGCCAAUUGUAACAAGUCAAAGAGACAGAUUCCGACAACGGAACGCUGAAUUGGAGGAUGAGUUACGCAAGCAAUUCAAUAUCAUCUCUGAGCUCAGGGGAGAGGUUAAGAGUCUUCAAGCAGAUAAUCUCAAACUCUACGAGAAGGUCCGCUAUAUGCAAAGCUACCGGGAAGACGCGGCCGUGCGGCCCUCCACUCUCGACCCGAUGCCGUCUAGUAGUCCUCGUCCAGAUGACAUGAGCAAGUAUCGCACGCGCUAUGAGGAAGCUAUGAAUCCGUUUCAAGCAUUCCGGGGAAGGGAGGCGACACGAGCUUACGAAUCUCUUAAUCCACUGGAAAGGGGAGUCCUCACGUUAACCAGAGCUAUUUUGGGUAAUCGUCGAACGCGGACCGCUUUCAUUUGUUAUGCGAUCGCGUUACAUCUUCUUGUCAUGUUCACCACUUAUGAGUGCACUACGUCAUCUGGAUCACAGCUACAGCGACAACCUAGCCCAUUUAGUUCAUAA